AUGUUGAUCCGUGAAACACAAUCAGCCCAUGAGGAGAUUGAACAAAUUUUGAAAAGAGUACUGGGUCUGAUUCUGGAUGAGGAGGAAGAAGGUGAAGAAGAUAAACCACAAAAGAUUAAGGAUGAAGACCUUCCAAAAGGAGUUAAGAUAACUAAGUUUAAGCCUGAUGAAAUUGUGAUAGAUGAUCAACCGAUGAACAUAGAAACUAAACCUGUGAUUAUUACUGAUGAUGAUAGCAGUAAUGGUGAUAAUGGUGAUGAUACUAAUGCUACUGAUAAUAUAGAUGUGCAUGAUGUUGAUGUUCAGAUGUCUGAGAAACAUGAACAAGAGAAGGAACAUGUAGAGAAGAAAACUGAAGAAGAAAAGAGUUCUGAUGAGCCACUGGAAACGAAUAAGGAUAAGGAAAAUGAAAAGAAAAAGGAAGUAACAAAAUAUAAGCUUGAAGUUGUAGAUAAGAAGAUAGAGGAAGAUAAGUCAGAUGAAAAAGAAAAGGAAAAGGUAAAGGAGAAAACUGAAGACAAAAAGGAAACAAUGGAGAAGAAGUCAGAGAAGACUGAAAAGAAAUUUGUAGAUGAAGAUGAUGAUGAUGCUAUAAGCAUCAAAGGACCACUUUAUAUGUAUAACUUGUGGUCAAUUGAAUUGAUAAAGAUUGCAACAACAAUGCAAUCUCAGCCCAAAAAGAAGAGGAUGAAAGAAUAG